UUCCAACUUCAGCCAAGGGAUUCCCAGAAAACCAAAGAGGAAGACAAAAAGAAUUCUGGGAUUUGUUGUGUGAACUCAGAACUGUGAAGGCGAUCCAAUUUGGGGGAAGACAUUUCGAGGAAAGCUUUGAUCUUGAAGGGGGUUGAGGUCGUAAGACAGAGCGUAAGAUGGGAAGUGGUGGUGGUGGUUAUGAGAAGGAUCUGAACUUGGAGGCCACUGAGCUCAGAUUGGGCUUGCCAGGCACAACUUCAUCGACAGCAGCAACAGAUCAAGAGCCCGAGGCGAGGCACGCGAGGAACAACAAGAGGUCUUUGGUCGACAGGUGCGAGGAGGAGGCCUCGAAGGAUGCUUCUCGGGCUCUUCAAAAGGACCAUGACUCUGCUCCUUCUUCGAAAGCACAAAUAGUUGGGUGGCCACCAAUCAGAUCUUACAGGAAGAACAGCCUCCAGGCGACGAAGACAGAGACUGAAACAUCAUUAACUGGGAUUUAUGUGAAGGUGAGCAUGGAUGGAGCACCAUACCUCAGGAAGAUUGACCUCAAUGUCUACAAGGGUUACUCAGAUCUCCUCAAGGCCUUGGAGAACAUGUUCAAGUUUACCAUUGGGGACUAUUCAGAGAGAGAAGGCUACAAAGGGUCAGAGUUUGCACCCACUUAUGAGGACAAGGAUGGUGACUGGAUGCUUGUGGGAGAUGUUCCAUGGGAGAUGUUCAUGACAUCUUGCAAGAGGCUGAGAAUCAUGAGAGGAUCUGAGGCUAGAGGACUGGGAUGUGCUGUAUGAGGUUAAGCCCAUAAAAGCCAGAGCUAGAGAUUUUCAGCUUGGGUUGUUCAUGCAGGGUUUUGUGAUCUUUAGACAUUGGUGAUCUCCCUGUGGGUGGAAACUUGGAGUGAUGGGUCUUCAAGAGAUAUAAGAUUUAACCAAGAAAAGAGAAAGAGAGAGAGAGAAGCAUAGUGAGUUAGCUGUUCAUUUCUGUGAAAUUUGAAGCAGUAUUGUAUGGUGGCUUGAGCAUAUGUUAUGCCAAAUAUACCAUUUUCUAGCUAUCCAUGUCGGAGAUGAGAAAAAAAAAAGUGCAUACAGAGAUAUUUUUUGCUUGAUUUGUCUGUAUAGAGAGGAAGUUCUCAGA